AUGAGGUAUGACGGAACGCAAGACCCGCUGGAACACCUCAUGGCCUUUGAGUCCAAGAUGAACUUAGAGGGAGUGGGAGACGAGGUAACGUGCCGCGCUUUCCCGGUCACCCUGGCGGGACCUGCGAUACGGUGGUUCAACAACCUCCCGCAGGGCUCAGUGACCAGUUUUGCGGACAUCAGCCACACCUUCCUAUCCCAAUUCACGACUAGAAUUACAAAAGCAAAACACCCAAUCAACCUGCUUGGAGUGGCCCAGCGGCCCGGAGAGCCGACCAGGAGAUACCUAGACCGAUUCAACGACGAGUGCCUGGAAAUAGACGGGCUGACGGACUCAGUUGCAAGCUUGUGCCUAACAAACGGGCUCCUGAACGAGGACUUCAGAAAGCACCUCACCAUGAAGCCGGUGCGGACCAUGCAGGAGAUCCAAUGUGUAGCCAAGGAGUACAUCAACGACGAAGAAGUUAGCCAAGUCGUGGCCGCCAACAAACGGCAGUCCUCUUACAACCAAGACCGGCACCGCGGGAACAGAGAAGGACAAAAGGAACACGCCAGGGAUGGCGGUCCGAGCAAGGCACCCAGACCGUUUCCUCGUGUCGGGAAGUUCACCAAUUACACUCCCCUUACCACACCAAUCAUGGAAGUUUAUCAACAAAUCGCCGAAAAGGGAAUCUUGUCGAAGCCCCGACCACUAAAGGAACGAACAGGGGGAAACCGAAGCCUCUACUGUGACUAUCACAAGGGCUAUGGGCACAAGACACAUGAUUGCUUCGACCUAAAGGACGCAUUAGAACAAGCGAUUAGGGAUGGAAAGCUAGCUGAAUUCUCCCACCUCAUUAGAGAACCGAGACGACGGAAUCGUGACCAGGACAGCGAAGACAGGACUCGGGCAGCAAAGCGACGCCAAGAACCGGAGGGCGACGACCAAGGCCUCACCAUAGUGAACGUGGUAACGGCUAGGAAUGCGGCACCUAGAUCAAGGUCGGUGCAUAGGAAAGACGCCAAAGUUCUGGCGGUCUCCUCGUUCUCUGCACGAAGCACGAGGAAGCACCCACCCAUUUCAUUCGGCCCGGAGGAUCAAUGGUUCGACGACGUCGGAGAAAGCCCUCCCAUGGUCAUAACGGCCAGAGUAGGAACCGGUCUCAUCAAGUGA